UGUCCCAUGGAGCUGCUGUUCGGGCGCAGGCGCUCCCCGGAGGAGCUGCUCCGGCAGAACCAGCGCGCCCUGGCCCGCGCCGUGCGGGAGCUGGAGCGGGAGCGGCAGAAGCUCGAGGCGCAGGAGAAGAAAAUCAUCAUGGACAUCAAGAAAAUGGCCAAGCAGGGCCAGAUGGACGCGGUGCGGGUGCUGGCCAAGGACCUGGUGCGCACGCGGCGCUACGAGCGCAAGUUCAUCGCCAUGCGGGCCAACGUGCAGGGGGUGGCGCUGCGGGUGCAGACGCUGCGGUCACACAGCGCCAUGGCCACCGCCAUGAGGGGGGUGACACGGGCCAUGGCCACCAUGAACCGACAGCUGAAGCUGCCGCAGAUCCAGCGCAUCCUGCAGGAGUUCCAGAAGCAGUCGGAGCUCAUGGACAUGAAGGAGGAGCUGAUGAACGACGCCAUCGACGACGCCCUCGGGGACGAGGACGACGAGGACGAGAGUGACGCCGUGGUGUCGCAGGUUCUGGACGAGCUGGGGCUGAACCUGACCGAGGAGCUGGCCACGCUGCCGGCGCCGGGCGGUUCCCUGGCGGCGGGGGAGGGGCGCGGGGGGGCCGAGGCGGCCGCGGCCGCUUUGGCCGACGCCGACGCCGACCUGGAGGAGCGGCUGAAGAACCUGCGCAGGGACUGA